GACCGGCCAAUCGCAGCCGAGUAUGUCGUCUCCAUACUGUCGUGAAAUGUUUAUGUUUUGGAACCGGCGUGCUUUACGGCAUUGUUUGAAAUGAGGGACAAGACUGCAGAUUUCGUGAUACUUUUAAUUUGAAUGCGUCCAGUAAAGAGGUCACUCACACUGUUGGAGGAUGGACCCUGUAGUGUUGAGCUAUAAGGACAGCCUGCUGCGGCGCUCCGAUGUGUCCUUACUGGAGGGACCUUACUGGCUUAAUGACCAAGUCAUAGGAUUUGCCUUUGAGUUCUUUGCUGCUGAGCGCUUCAGAGUCCUGGGAGAGAGCAUCAUCUUCAUCAGCCCAGAGGUCACACAGUUUAUCAAGUGUGCUUCUUGCCCUGAUGAGUUAGCCAUAUUUCUGGAGCCACUUGAUCUUGCUUCCCGCCGUUGGGUCUUCCUUGCUGUUAAUGACAACUCCAACCAGACGGCUGGCGGAUCCCACUGGAGCCUUUUGAUCUACCAUCAUAAUUCUAACCACUUUGCUCACUAUGACUCUCAGAAUGGCAGCAAUUCGCUGCACGCACGGCGCAUUGCUAGCAAGUUAGAGCCCUUCCUUGGAGCAGGGAGAAAAGCUCUGUUUGUGGAGGAACCCUGUCCUUCACAGCAGAACAGCUACGAUUGUGGCAUGUAUGUCAUCUGCAUUGCUGAGGCCUUGUGUGAGAAGGCUAGAAUGGAGGGCUCACCACGUCUUCCUGUGCAUAUAAUUACCCCAUCCUACAUCACACUGAAGAGGGCUGAAUGGUGCAGACUGAUCCAGAGUCUAGCUCAGAAUGACCUCUGCUGCUCGCUGUCUUUUCCUUAGCAUGUUGAUGUCCCCUCUAUAUGCAGAACAGCUGUCAGCCAGCACAUAUGUAUCGCCAGCUGGAGCAUCUCAAUGCACUCCUUGAACACAGCAUUUAACUACAUUUCAAGUAUAUUUCCAUUGCAGUCUAUUGGUGCUUUUCCACAACACAGUCCCUGCACGGCUCGACUCGGCUCGACUCAGCACGACUCUGUAUGUUUUUUUUCUUUUCCAAUAGUACCUGGUAUUUUUUAGUACCUACUCUGGCGAGGUUCCAAGCGAGCUGAGCCAAUACUAAGCGUGGCCAAUGAUUGGUCAGAGUGCUGUUACUGGAAGAGGCAUGAGCAAGACAUCCGCCACGAGAAUCAAAGCUAACAAUGCUGAACUGUAGAUCAAUUAAAAAGACUUAAAAUCCUGAAAAGUUGUGUUAAUUUUCGACAUUAAGCACGAAAAUGUCUGGUGUAUUUAGAGACAGCCCUGCUGAAAGCAUGCAAUCACAAGUGACGAGCCACAUCACAGCCUCUGCCACUGUAUUUCAUUUCAGUGACUGUAUCAGAUGGAAUCUGUGCUCUGGUCAUGCAGGAAGUACUGAACAAAUCUAUUUAAUGAACUGAUUCUAAUGAUAGAGUACACUGAAAACACUGAAAUUCACCACAGUCUCAAGCAGCCGUGCAGUGAUGACUCCGCCCACAUCGAGGAGGUACUAUAGUAAUAGAAAACUAACUAAGCUGUGCUGUGCCGAGGCGAGGUGAGGCGAGCCGGGACUAUGUAGCGAAAAAGCGCAAUACCAUACACCAUACCACAAUCAAGGUUUAAAAAGUAAAGCAAUGCUACAAAUGUUUAAAGAUUCAUUAUACAAUUGGUAUCACAUAAAUCCCUCAUAUAUGCAAAGCAACGUACAGUAUAAACACCAGCAUGCCAAUAAAAGGAAUGUCUUCUCUUGCAUAUUAAUUAAGGAUGGGGAGAAAACAUCAUGUGGGAAGAGGAUGCACACUUUUUUCUUCUCUUCAUUUUGUUAGCUUGGAGCAAAUGUAGAAAUGUUUACACUGAUUAUUGCUCAGGGUCAUUUUAAAUGAACUUGAAAUCACAGGAAGAAUGUGCAUCUUAAUCAGAUUUUCUGUUCACAUUCUUUAUGAUUCUCUGUUUGUAUGUUAACAGUUUAAAGAAAAGUGCUGCAUGACAGUAAGAUUUGCUGCGAGUGGUGGUGGAAUGCACAUCGCAUUCUCACAUAAAGAAAGAAUAAUGCGCUGUAAUAUUUUGACCCAAUAAAAUGUAUUUUUAUGGUCGCAGCAGUCUUUUACU